GUUCCAAGAUGGCGGACCGUCGAGAGUCAGGGAGAAUCAAAGACAUAUCUAGCAGAAAAAUUUUAGAUAAUGAAACCCGGAAAAGACGCCAGAAAAGACAGCUUGAGGCCUUAGAGAAAGACAACGUUCAAGAUGAUCCUCACGCUCACCUGACGAUAGUCCCUGCCAAAAUGAAAGUUCCAGCUUUUAACGACACCAUGGAAGAUAAAAGGAAGAAGAGGAAAUCCAAAACAGGAGAGUUGUUUAAACAGAGAUUUCGAAGAACAUUUGCCAUGCUUUUGGAGGAGGCACAACAAGAAGCAGAAGCUGGUGAACCCUCAUAUACCUCAGCCAAGGUACCUCCCUCAAAAUUCCCAGAGAGACACUUCUGUGCUGUGUGUGGAUUUCCCUCAAAUUACACUUGUGUGUCCUGUGGAUCAAGAUACUGUUGCGUGAAGUGUCUGGGAACACACCAGGACACAAGAUGCCUAAAGUGGACAGUCUAGCCAGCUGCUCCUAUUAAUAUUUGCCUCUAUGAAAGUUUCCCAACAAUUCACGGUCAAAAACAAAAUCUUCAAGAACAGUAGAAGACCUCUCAUUCAACAAGUGACCAUGGUCGUGAUGAAUUGUUUUAGGAAUGCGUCAAGCUUACAAUUGCACACCCCGUAAACAAUGUGCAAGAGUGAUGUAGAAAAUGUUCCAGCACUUUGUUUAGGUCAAAGGUGUUUUUAAAGGAUCAUGGGUACAAAGACUCACCUUCCUCCUAUGUAACUCAGACAGAUUAUAUAAUAUGACUGCGAUACCAGUUCCCUUCGAAAAGAUGCCUUGAAAUCUGUGCUGUUCUUACUCACAUCUUUCUAGCAUGAUUUUACAUUUGCAGAUGUAAGGAGAAAGAAAUUAAAGGAACUCA